AUGUGGAACCGAAGCAAAACACGUCUUUGGACCACCCACUUGCCACGUUUUACACCACUCUACCUAGCCUUCUUUCUGUACCACCUGACCAGCACCGUCUCCGGUGGCUCGCCGUCUCCUUACACCGCGGUUGAUAAUAUUCUCCUCAACUGUGGCUCCUCCGGAAAUUCAACUGCUUUAGACGGUCGGACCUGGGUUGGAGACGUGCAUUCAAAGUUCUCCCCCCUUGAACAGUCACAAAACCAGGCAUCUUUAACGGCCAGCGCAGUUCAACAAUCCCCCUCUGCCGUCCAAGUACCCUAUGCCACUGCCCGGCUCUCUCUCUCCGCAUUCACCUACAUGUUCCCGGUUACUGCCGGCCAAAUAUUCAUUCGACUAUACUUCUACCCGGCUUCGUACCCAAAUUUUGAUCGCUCUAAAGCCCUCUUCUCUGUCAAAGCUGGUCGCUUUACUCUUCUCAGUAACUUUAACGCUUCACUCACAGCAGAUGCCGAUGGUGAUCCCGGGGAUGCCAUAUUCAGAGAAUACUGUGUCAACAUCGAGGAAGAUCAGAGGUUGAGCAUAAUCUUCACCCCGAGCGUUGCUAAUGCAUAUGUUUUCAUCAACGGAAUUGAAAUCUUGUCGAUGCCUCCAAAUCUCUACUACCCUCCGUCUGACAAUGAAGGGCUUUGUUUUAUUGGCCAGCAGAAUCUGUACCACAUCGAUAACGACACUACUCUGGAGAUGGUAUACAGAGUAAAUGUUGGAGGCCGCUCCAUCUCACCCAGUGAAGACACUGGCAUGUUCCGGGGCUGGAGUCAAGACGACAAUUACUUCACACCAUAUACAGAACUUUUUCUACCUUUUAACUAUACUAUUCAACUGAAGUUUACCAAGAUACCUGCGUACACUGCACCAGAAGAAGUCUAUCAGACUGCCCGGACUAUGGGGGCAAACAAAACUAUCAACAAGAGCUACAAUCUCACCUGGGAAUUUCCCGUAGACUCUGGGUUUUAUUACCUUGUUAGGCUACACUUUUGCGAGUUUCAACCUGAGAUCAUUCAGCCACACGACAGAGUGUUCCUGAUUUUCAUAGCAAAUCAAACCGCAGAGGAAGCAGCCGACGUGAUAGUAUGGAGUGGUGGAAAUGGUGUUCCGGUAUAUAGAGACUACGCAGUUGCGCUGUUCGGCAAAGAAGGCGUGAAGAAAAUGAACCUCUCUAUCGCAUUACAAGCAAACCGGCAAAACUGGGAGACUUCUUACAAUAAUGCAAUCUUGAACGGUGUUGAAAUCUUUAAAGUAAACACCUCUAAUGGUAGUCUCGCCGGACCCAAUCCAGAUCCACUUCCGUUUGCCCAUCGAACAGUUGUGCCACCAACACCACCGACGAAGUCGAAGAAUUACAUAACAAAUAUACUUGCCUUCGUUGGUGGUGGAGUUUCCGGCUUUGUUGUGCUGUCAAUUCUCGGCUACUUGAUUUUCCGGCGGCGCAAGAAUGUCAAGGACUCAACAGAGACCCGCAACUCAUCUCUACCAUCCGAUUUGUGUUGUUACUUCUCAUUGGCUGAGAUUAGAGCAGCCACUAACGACUUUGACGAUGUUCUCAUUGUUGGUGUUGGGGGGUUCGGUAACGUGUACAAAGGGUACAUUGACGGUGGGGUCAACCCAGUAGCGAUCAAGCGGUUGACACCUGGCUCUCAUCAAGGGGCCCACGAAUUCUGGACCGAGAUAGAGAUGCUCUCCCAGCUUCGCCACCUCCAUCUCGUGUCUCUGAUCGGAUAUUGUAACGAUGGCAAUGAGAUGAUUCUUGUCUAUGAUUAUAUGGCCCGUGGGACCCUCCGUGAUCAUCUAUACAAUACCGAUAAUCCUCGUCUGCCAUGGAAGCAACGGCUCGAGAUUUGUAUUGGUGCUGCGCAUGCGUUGAACUACCUUCAUACGGGCGCGAAGCAAACGAUCAUUCAUCGUGACGUGAAGACAACAAAUAUCUUAUUGGAUGAGAAAUGGGUGGCCAAGGUGUCCGAUUUUGGAUUAUCCAAAGUAGGCCCCAUUAGCAUGUCCAAACCCCACGUCAGCACUAUGGUCAAGGGUAGUUUUAGGUAUUUGGACCCGGAGUAUUGCAGACGUCAACAGUUGACUGAGAAGUCUGACGUGUACUCGUUUGGUGUGGUUUUGUGUGAAGUAGUGUGUGGAAGGCCGCCUAUACUGCGUAAUGCAGAGACAGCAGUGGGCCUAGCAAGGUGGGCCCGGGAAAGCUAUCGCAAUGGAAAGGUAGAGGAGAUGGUUGAUCCAUCAAUGAAGGGUGAAAUAAGGACCCGGUGCUUGAAGAAAUUUGUUGAGAUCGCGAUGAAUUGUUUGCUUGACAACGGAAUCGAACGGCCAUCAAUGAAUGAUGUGGUGGGAGGCCUCGAAUUCGUAUUGCAAUUGCAAGAGAGUGCAGACGAAGAUGUAGGGCUUGAUGUGGCUCAAGUUGAGGUAAUAUUGGGUGAUGAGAAAGCUCUCUUCCCCAAGUCCACACUUGAUGAUAGUGAUGGCAUGUCUAGUAGCAGCAGUGGACAGGUGUCAAGUAGUAAUUAUAGUAACAGCAGGGUGACCAUAAUGAGCAACAGAGAACAAAGUUUUGCAAGUACCAGUCAUGAUUCGGGCAAACUGAUAUUCUCUGGGACAGAGUUCUCUGAGAUUAUGGACCCUAGCACUAGUAGUCGGUGA